AUGAAUGGCAAAAUCGAUGACAUUCGAUUGCCAUUUAGUACAGUGGAUCCGAUCAUGGGUGAUAUUUACUCGGUUUUGUGGGAGCCUGAGAUGUUGCAGAGUACGGGGCAAACUAUUAACAUCCUUGCUACUGAAGCUCUGACACAAGGUCUUCAGCAAGUUUUGGGUGCUACAAUUCUUACGGCUUUGAUGGCAUCGCUGCAACUCCCUAUAGUUCUAACGAAACUAUCAUACCUUAUUGAUAACCCGUGGAACGUUUCACUCGCCCGUGCUAAUGCUGCCGGGCUCAUCCUGGCUGAUUCCUUGAUAAAUAAAAAUCUAGGAAAUAGGCCCGUCACUCUUCUUGGAUUCUCACUCGGGUCACGCCUGAUUUUCUCAUGCCUAAAAGAGCUUGCUAAUAAAGGUGCAUUUGGACUGGUUCAAAAUGUAUACCUAUUCGGUUCGCCUGUCGUUGUAUCUAAGGACGACUAUACUAGAGCUCGAAGCGUUGUCUCCGGGAGGUUUGUGAAUGGCUAUUCUUCCAAUGACUGGAUUCUUGGCUAUCUUUUCCGGGCAACCAGCGGUGGGAUUAUGCGUGUUGCUGGGCUUGCUCCUGUAGAGGGUAUUCCCGGAAUCGAGAACGUCAAUGUCACAAAUCUAGUCAGUGGCCAUAUGGCGUACCGUACUGCCAUGCCUCGACUUCUACGUGAGGUAGGGUGGGAUGUAGAAAGUGACGAAUUUACAGAAAUCGAGGACCCGGACCCAGACAAGCACGAGGAACGACAACGCGAGCUGAUGCGUGAAAUAGACGAAGCUCGCAAACAAGCUGAAUUAAAGCCGGAUAAGAAGAGAUUUGGCUUCUUCAAGAGCGGGAAACUUGCUCAAAAGAAACGUUGGGAAACUUAUGAUGUUAAUAAGAAUGCGAAGGAUCCUAAUUCGCCUGGGAAACCCAGUGAAGCAGACAACUCCGUUCUUUUCGACAUUGAUGCAAUCAGAGCGGAGCUAGCUGGUGAACAUAUUGAAAUCAAGCAGUUGGAGUCCACUUUGCCUCCAAUUAACCUUGAUAUGAAUAAUGUACCACCUACACCCGCGAACACUCAAGCCGACUCAACGCCAGCGCUGGCUGCAGAGCCCGUGACAAGCAAGGAUGAAGAUAUAAUGUCACCAACUGCCCCGAUUUCCUCUCUCAAGGCUAAUACAUCCUUGGGGGAUAAUAGCCCAUCGAAAAACAAUACACAUUCAUGGCCUGUUCAAGAGGAGGAGAUCGAAAUGACGUUCGAUACCUCCUACAAUUCUCCGGUCACCUCUCCGCCCCAUAAAUCGGAGUCCGGAUCUCCAACGUAUCCUUCAAUGACCUCACCCAGCAGCCACCAUGGACUCUCAGACACCAACCUUCCUUCCCAUAACGCCUGGGCCGACCAACAUGAUGACUAUACCGAGCCGAACAUAAAGAUGACAUUCCAAUGA